CGAGCAGUUACCAGCUUGAUAGCAACGCGCGCGCUUCUCUCUAGAAACUCUCUAGAUACUCCGAGCCGAACACGAAGGAUAAUACUUUUGAAAAAAGGUGCCAGAAGGCGACCGUUACUAUCUCGAAGUCCAUAUCACCGCGUUGCGUCUUUGGCAUUCAGUGUGUGUGUGUUUUUGGGUGAUUUUGGAAGAGCAUAAAUCAGAAUCUGGAGUUUAAUCAAUCUCACGUACCGCCUUGCAGUUGACCAGUGAUUAAGUAUACGCCAGCAUCGGGCGGAAGCAACGGAAGUAACCAGACAGGAAGUCCGGUUGAUUGUUCCUGCCACUUGCUCCUGGUAAUGGAAGAUCCGAAAGUGUGAGAGUGCGUUGGGAUCUCAGAAUGCCCCAACACUGACUGACAGGGCCAAUAUGCAAGGCUGAAUCCGACGGAACAAACAAGUUCAACAAACAAUACGAUUCCAAACAAUCGGACCUCGAGGACAUCUCGCUUAAGGGAAAGCGUUUACUAAGGACGACGACAGGCUACGGCAAAAUGGCGGACCUGGAGCGUAUACGCCUUGUCCUUUUGGGCGGAGCUGGUGUCGGCAAGAGCUCCAUUGUGAAGCGGUUCCUGUUCAAAACCUACACCGACAAAUACCGCGCCACCGUCGAGGAUCUCUACAAUCGCGAAUAUGACCUGGGCGGCGUCACCCUAAAGGUGGACAUUCUGGACACGUCCGGUGACAUGCAGUUUCCCGCCAUGCGACGCCUGUCCAUUGCCACGGCCCACGCGUUCAUGCUCGUCUACGCGGCCACCUCGGCGCCCAGCUUCCAGUGUGUGAAGCAGUGCUUUGAGGAGAUCCGGGAGCAGCGUGGCGACUUUCAGGACAUUCCCAUUGUGAUUGCCGGGAACAAGGCCGAUCUGGCCACCUCGCACCGAGAGGUCAAGCUGGAGGAGGUCAGCGAUUGGGUAUUCUGCGAGCUGCCACGCUUAAGAGCCAAAGUCUUGGAGUGCUCGGCGAAGGAGGACAGCAAUGUUACCGACCUGUUUAAGUCCCUGCUCUCCCUGUCCCGCUUUUUGCCCGCCAGCAGCGGGAGCGGAGGCAGUGGAGCAGCUGGCGAGGCGGCGCCCAGCGGCUUUAAGCGCCGCUCAUCGGCCUACGUCAGCGCAUCGUCCAGUCGCAACAAAAAUCGCAUGAACAGCCCGGCUCUGGGCGGGGCCGGUGGUAGCGGUGACAAAAAGGGAUCCGGCCUCGUGGAUGCCGUUGAUGUGGCCAGUACCAGUGCGGAAGCCAAGCUCAAGCCGCGUUCCAGAUCGCUCAUACGCCGCGCCUCACGCAAGACCAAGCAGCAAAUCAACAACGCAUCCGACGACUGCAACGUCCAGUAAAUUAUUAUUUAGAGCGGCAUAAUUGCGUUAUUAUGUUUCGCCGCAAAAUGUAUUAAUAAUGGACGCCAGUUAAUUAGUGUGCAUAAACAAGUGUCGCCCAUAUUUAUGUUCGGUGCACUGAGCUGAUUACUCUGAUAAUAUAAAACUCACAAAAACCGCACUUGCUCAAGGGCAAAACAGAAACCAGUUAGGUGUAGUUAUUGUUGAUAAAUACGCAACUCGAUAAUAACUAUAAUUAUUUAUUAUAACUAAGAGUGUGGGUGUGUCCAAAUGAAAGCUAUACCUUUUCCUAUAUAAGUACCCAGAGCUUCAAAUUAUAAUAAGUGAUUGCUGUUCAUUUUGAAAAAGGACAUGAAGUGAAAUCCUUUGAAUUUGGUUUUAAGCUUCCCAUACCAGAGUUUGUUUUCAUAAAUACUUAAAGUUUUCAUCUCUUUUGUAAAUAAAGAUUAAAAACAAGAAAGGCCAUUAGGAUUAGGAACUAAACACUUAAUUCCUUUGGCUUCUCCUGACUUUAUGGAAUCGAUUUAAGUUCAUAAAUUUUGAUGCGGUUUAUUGGGACCAGCUUUGUUUAAAUUUUGAAUAAUCUUCUAUACACCAAAUCGUUUAUAAUUUGUUCCACCAAUCUUACAAAAUAAGUCCACUUCUUGUGCACGGAAUUGGAAUUUAAAUGAGAGAAUGGGAGCUAGGCUUUAUUGAUGAGAUUUCGAAGAAUCGUAACGCCGGUCAUAGAGUUCCUUUUAAUGGUAAAAUAAUGUCCGGGGCUGUUGUUUUUUUUUUUAUGGUGAUGGAGGCGUCGAGGGAGCUAUUAAAGAGAAGACUUAGUUUAAGGCGUUUUCCAUUGAUUGAUUAUCAUAAUAUUAUGAUAGGUUGGCGUAGCUUUAAGGCAAAUUCUAUAAUGCUAAUAAGUACCAUAUAUCUGCACCGUUAGCUGACUCUUUAGUUAAUAUUUUCAUUUCCAUAUACUCGUAUAUAAACAAGCAUCUUGAUGGAUGGUAAGAAUGUUUGUGUUUGCUUUGAGCUCAACUUGAUUCCCCAGAAAAGGGGAGUUAUCACAGCCAAGCACGCGAAAAGGGAUGCAAAACGAAUUUUAUUAAGGAAUGAAGCUAUUUCGUGGCAUUUUGAUUUAACUUCAACCACGUGGAAUAACAAAAAACUUUAGCAGAAAAGAGCAGAGCACAAAAAAACCAUUUACUAUGCAAAAAACGUAAUUGUAAAAUAAAUUUUGAUGAGUGCGGAGGACAAAGGCGAACCUCGAAAUGCUUAUCAAGGAUAAAACAGGGUGUACUUUUUUACGGUAAAUAGCCAAAUCAAAUUCCACAAAAGCUCAUUGCAGGUUAUCUUUAAAGAGAUCUAUGAUAGGAAAAGUUUUGAUUUUAUAUUUGAUUUAAAUAUGAAAGGUAUGAGUGUGUAUGAUUCACAGUAUAAGUGAUAUGCAUUUCUUUGUGUUUGUUAUUCUGGAUGUCCUUAGCAGAUAAGAUUUAUUUAGACUAUGUACUCUAGGAAGUUAUUAAAGUUAUUAAGAAAUUAAAACUGAGGAUUGUAAAUGAAUGAACUACGGCAUAUGCAAAGUGAAUUGUGAUUAAAUAAUAUAAAGUUUUAUUUAUGUGCAAAUGAAAUGCAUAAUUGGUAAAGAAUGAUACCAGUAUUUUGCCGCUUUCGUCCAUCCACCAGAGAGGAUUGAGGAAUGGCCUGAAUUAAUUCUAGUUAUAUAAUAUAUAUCUUAAUGGAACACAGAAAUACAUAUGUGCAUACCGUUUAGGUGUUUGUUUUGUAAGUUAAGCGUUUAUACAUUGUUAUUAGGUGUAGUUAAUUGAAAACAAAUCUGAAAAGCCCACAAGUAUUCGAUCUUUAACUAUUUAAGCGUAACCUAUGUAUAUCAGCAACCUAUGGGAUCACACAAAAAUUUUGAGGACGCUAUGUACUCGUAUAUUAUAUACCACGAUAUAUCAGCUGACUUAUCUUACUUACCCCAACUUUGAAUACAUAUUUGUGUACGUAAUUCGAUUGUUCUACCAAAUAAAUGAAAAUCAAAAUAAGUCUAUAGGAUCUGAAGCAGUUUAAACAAAAACCUAGUGAACUCUCUAAGUGUGCGUAUGUGUGUCAUGUACUUGUAAACUAAUUGAAUUUCAAUUCAAAUUGAAUUAUUGACAAUUGUAUUAGCCAGUUAAAAUAAACCACAAUGCGUCCCAGGCAUCAUCGGUCUAUAAUGUUUGAUUCCAUUGCAUAUUGAAUUCCAUUUCUCAUUCUGUUAGACUCCUGCCAUUAGACUGUUGCCAACCCGGACCCGGACCAGUUGGCGCAAUCCCCACUAAAUCAAUUAAAAAUAGUGGCCGGCCAGGAGCUGUUCCCGUGAAGCAACCGCAGCAUCCAUUAAAAGUAACUAAUGGAAUUUCAUUCAAAUUAUAAAUUGCAUUUUCCUAUAAAUUCU